AUGGCAGAUCAAGAACUCCCGCAACAGUUGCCGGAGGCUCCUUUCCCUGCUCCUCCACCUUUCUGGAGGUAUUUCACAGUCGCCAACGAGGAUGAACUGAGAAAGAUCGAAUCGUCAUCUGCCGACGGCCAGGCGAAGCAGAAACUCCCCCUUCAUCUGGCAUACCUGCGACCUCCUCCCCCGCCGGCUUCUGCAGAAUACUAUACAUCCUUCGGCCAGAAGCAGGUCAUCGACCCGACGAAGGCCUCAUCUUUGCCUACCGAACAGCUUCUGUUCAAUCCAGACGACCCAAAUCUCAAUCAUGCUGUCCUUCUAAGUCGUCUCACGAAAUCCCUGCUGCUAAACUUCCUGGAACUCACGAGUGUCCUGUCCCUCGACCCGACCAAGCACGAAGAAAAGAUGGAGGACAUCAGGCAGCUUCUCUUGAACAUCCACGUGGUAAUUAACAUCUACCGCCCCCAUCAGGCACGAGAGAGUGUCAAGGAAAUGCUUGAGGGAAUCUUAGAAGAAGGACAAAGAGAGAUUGACGAGUGCGACAAGAUGAAGCAGAGGGUUGAUGAGUUCCUGGCAGAUGUGGGCAAGAUUGGGAUAUCGGAUGUUCCGGAUGCGACUCAGGAGGAUCCUGUUGCGAUGGAUCCUUCUCACGAUCAGAUGAUGGAAAAGCAGCGGAGGCUGUGGAAAAUGAUUCAAGAUAUGACUUGA